GAAGCUUCUCUGUACAUGUGAGGUGGUCGUUACCACUAUCACAAAUUGAGCCAUGACACGUAAUCCACGAAGUUACACCGCUAAACCGUGAUGAUCCCUAGCCAUAUUGUACGUCGAUUACAGUGUAUUGGUCGUGAACGUGUAUGAUUUCAAGGUUAUCUGCCUUAAUAAGUGCCCCAUGGGAAAGCCCCUUAACGCACUAAUAGCUCAUUAUAAACUCUCGAGGUUGCUGCGUGCAGUAUCAUUAUCAUUCAGAGUUCUCGCUAGACUGAUCUACAAAAUCUUCUCUACUCAGAGCUUUUCAUGCGGUUGUGAAACCCUCAUCCAAUUCAUUUUGUGGUGACAUUGUUAGGCGAUCUUCUCGAAUCCGCCGAGUCGCUGCACAUGGUCAUCUUCAACGAUAUGCCCCUUUGAUUUGAUCAUCCUCGACAAUGGGUCAUCGUUUUGGCCCUUCAGUGGAACUCUGAUUUGAUAAUUAUUCUUGAACUCCUUCUCCGUCACUAAUAAGCGAUUGGCUUAAUUGAGAAGAUGCAUUUUGCCCCUGGUGAAGCCCUUUACGAAGCACUAUAGAAAGUCUACCAGUACGUUUGGGAGUUAUUAAUAUUUUGUCGAGUAUUUGAGAUCUCUCAUGAAGUACAAAACUCCUUCAUUAAUCUGAAUUCAUUGAAAGAGUUUCUAAAAGAUAGAAGCAUUACUCAUUUACGUUGAAGGCAAAACUCAUUCCAUAGCAUCUACAAAUUCAGGAACACCAGAUCGCGAUGAUAUGUUGCGAAUUUCAAUUUUUGUUGGCUAUCUGUUAGCGGGUUCACGGAGCAGUGUCGCCUACUGGGAAUGGUUAAGAGAUUGAAGUUCAUGUUUCAUAUUCAAAGGCGGUACUCUAUAGACCUGUUUGUAGCCGGACAAGUAAAUCCUACGACAGAACUGUUGCUAAAAUCUUAAAAAACUAGUAGAGACACAUCGGAACCCUGCUCUUGAUUCUUUUGUAGAGUCAGGUGUGUAGUAGGAAGAAAAUGCACCGCACAGGAGUAUCUUGUCGAAGGUGUCAUUCCUCUCUCUCUCUCUCUCUCUCUUUAUUAUUCACGUUGACUUUUACCCAUCUGCUUGUGGUUUCAAUGUCUUUUUUGCGCUGUGUAUCACUCCCCAUAGUACAAUUGGGAGCAUGUUUAUUGUUACAUGACAACCUCUUCUUUUUUGGCACGGUUUUCUCUAAUUCAAGUGCAUUGAAAUAGGCGGCCCAGCACGUGAUAGGUGCACACAAACAGAUUUCCAGUUCGUAGAAACUCCAUCCCAUGGAAGGGGUAUUGGAUUAUGGGAAGCAACUUUAUAUUCAAUGCUGUCUUCGACGCAAAGCAAAGCCGAACAGGGAUAUCAUCGUUCAGGUAGACAGACCAGAUCUUGUUCUUGUGGAAGUAAUCGACGCCUCACAUACUUUUAUCGGUCGUACCGGUGUGCUUGCUAUCCUGGACUUCGCUUCGCAACAUCGUUGCCUACGGAAACUGAUACUACCACAGAACGACGUCGACACGGCAUGUGUGGAGCACCUCUGCUCGAUCCUUAAAAACGGCCAUCCGUCGCUAUGCAGUAUCGAUUUUUCUUAUAGCAACCUUUCCGUGCCCGCGAUGCGAACCCUGUGGAAGACGGCCAGGGACGUGCACACCCUCACGGAGGUGCGUUUGGAUAACAGCGACGUCCCGCAAGAGUGGGCUGAGCGGUUAGACCAUCAACUCUCGACGAACCGUGAGAUCCAGAAAAAGUUGGCCACCUCUCGACGCUUGGUGCUCAACCCAGUAGAUAUGGCUUCUAAAUGGCAUACUACGUUUGUUUUAUUAAUUAGUGCCAAUGAUAAACAAACGGAGCUUUACAGUCGUCAUGUUUUACAGGUGCUUUCGUUUCAGGCGGCGGCGCUGUCGCGACGCCUCGCUUCAAUCGUGGUAGGUGCGGACGAAACAAAGGAAUAUAUAGAGAACAAGGUACAGUACUGUCUCGAAGAGCAGCCCCAGAGGCGUGUGUGGUGUGUGGUACUAUUGGACGGCACCCCCUUCACAGAUGCCCAGCAGCUGGCUCUGGAUAUGGUUCUCACGGUUCAAGAGCUUAAUAAAAAAGAGCUAUCUGAUGUAGUAGAAAGCUUGUUUGUCUAUUACCCUAUCCAGGAUAAAACAAUGAAUGAAUUAGAACCAAUCACUAGCUUGACCCUCUCCCCUAGCGCUUGGUUAGCUUUGACGGGCUGUAAUGACAAGCAGCAUAUUGAGUCGGCCUCUAUAACUCGACGUGAGGCAUAUGUACUGACGCCUGAAAUAUACAAGCUCCGAUGUCAGAGCGAUCUGCUAAGCUCAUUGCGGAGCGCGUAUCUAGCUGGCAGCAACGGGGAUCAAAGCAUUUACAAUGAAGUUGCGGGCCCUGUUGGUGAAAUGCCUCGAAAAAUAGACCUGGGCCCACUUCAGAUGUCGACACUUGUGAAUCCAAACUCAGCUAGUGUCAAGCGCUUGUCGAAAAUCGUCCUCCAUUAUAUUAAAUCGACUCCAGAAGAAACAGGCGCUCCCCUAAUUAUCCACGGUGUGGCAGGAGUUGGAAAGGGGGAAAUUUUGCGACAUCUAGCACAAAGCUUACAAAAUGAUUUAAAUGAGUAUAGUGUGUUUUUUAUCGAAAUCGACAGCCCGAACGGCGGUAUAGUGACGUUUUUGUACUCUGUCCUCCAGCUCCUCAGUCCGGCGGCCGCCCAGAAGCAGUACUACAGCACCAAGGCCCUUCAACUGGCCGUUAAGGAGGCUGCUGCUGGAUAUAGUGGGCCCAAGCGAGUCGCUAUGAUCGUUUCGCGCGUGGAUCGUCUGGAGCUUUGUGGGAUGGAGGACGCAACGUGUGUCGACUGGGUGCCUUUGCUUCUACCGCCGAGGCUUCGCGUUGUGUUAUCCGUUGAUACCGAUCCUACUCUGCUCCACCACCUUCGUCAACGUUUGCCACAACCGUUGGAAUGCUUGAUCUACCCCGCUGGGGAUGAUGAAGGUAUCAAUGCCUACUGCCGUAUGUUGACGCAAAGAGGUCUUCUCUUGCCAGGAAUCAAGCAGGGUCAAACGAGGGACUGCCUCAGUGCAACAGAAAAAAGCUAUGCACAAAAGCCUGAUUCGAACCGGAUGUUCUACAGUCGUUUAGCCGCUGCUUACACCGAGCAUCUACUGAAAACCAAUGUCGUGGGAAGCGAAGAGGAGGCCGCCCUUCUCAUUCAAGAACAGCUUCCGGGCAGCGUGGAGGAGCUUAUACGCGCUGCUUACCAUCACAUUGCCACGGUGUAUGGGCAAAUCACUGUUUCAUGGGUUUUGUUAUCUCUCACGCACUGCCCUUUGGCUGCAAUGGAUAUAGAAGAGGUGUGCGAACGGCUAGGGCGCUGCCCAGCACACACUUCCGUUCCAGCUCUUCGCCAUCUAGUCCAGUUGGGUCUAGUUGAGUUUGAUAAUAAGGCAAAGGCACGUCUCUUCCAUUACGCGCUAUGUGCUCCAAUUGUACUUCACUUGUACGCUAAUGAAUUGGAUCGUGUGAGUGUGGCCGUAGAGACGCAUUUGCAUCUCAUGAGUGAUCAGAAUAUGGAUAUCCACCAUAACUUCCGUCACUUAAUUCCUCGUAUGCUAGCCAACGGUAAUUUUGAUGCCGCGGCAAAACUCCUAUCCGAUGCAAAUCUGAUAGAUCGUAUGCUUAGUUGCGGAUAUGAAGGAUUCUCUCACACAAUGGAAGCCUUUUUCCGCCUGCUUAGUGCGUGUGAUCUAGUGGACAAAUUAGCCGCCGCUGGUCAACCCCUCAAAGGCAUUACGCUCAAUUAUGAAAAAAUUGAAUGUUCUCUCAGGGAUGUGCAGUUAGCUCGGGGCCCGGGGUUCCUCCAGCGUUGCCUACUGUCGAAUAGUGAAUCACCGCUGUAUCACAGUGCUCACCGGCGACUAGAUCAUGAGGGUGGUGGCGUGCUGUACUCCGUACUGGUUCCUCUUAAAGCUUAUGCCGAAGACCAGAGCUCGGCAACGCUGACGAGUGCCUCCAUGCUACCAGUCAUUCACCUUCACUGCCGUGGGAACUAUCUGGUUGCAUCCACUCUCAGCGACGUGAUGGUUUACGACGCACACACGCUUGACGAGAUUGCGCAUAUGGACUUGCCGUUCAAAGACUCAGGAGGUGAUACCAUACUGGGCUCGUUCGUAAGCAUCGGGUCACGGGUGGUGAUCUUGGCAUUCACACGAGUCUUGCUCUGGAAUUUUGGCGCUAACGUCUCCCUUGUACUCGAGGAUACAUCGGCAGCCGUGGCACCCUGCUCGCUGGACAUAUUUGGUGACUCCCUCAUCGUAUCCCAGCCCGCCAAGAGUAACUGUUUCUCGAUAGUAAGCGUCAGUCAACGGCAGAAGAUACAAGAACUCCCACCGGCUCAGUUGUCUGAUCGACCCUGUCAUGCCCGAUUCUGUGGGCCCUACCCUAUGGUCGUGGAAAGUAGCACCGUGCGCAUAUUCGCCGAUUCCAAGCCGAUCUCCUUGUUGCACGACGGCCUUGUCGGGGUAGUGGACUGCUCAACCGACGGGCAACUGGUGGCGUCGGCGGUAGGCAGCGUGCUCUGGUUGUGGAAAAGCACCGGCGCGUUGCUGCAUCGCAUCGAUGCGUCGCUUAACCGGAUCGCCCACCUUUCCUUCAACCCCACGGGCUUUGUCUUAGCAGUAGAGCGAGGGGACGGGGUGACGGUGUGGCAAACCGCCACAGGGAUGCCCCUCUCACGACUCUUGAGCCCCUUUAAGGAGGCGCAGGGCACCCUUCGCCCUGGGGUCUGGUUUGGUGGCAAUGGGAGCCUCUUGCUGGGCCGCGUCGGCCGGCAUGCGGUCGCGUGGCAUGCCGAGAGCGGGACCCCUUUGGGCGCCCUCACCGCCCAUAAUGGCGUCUUCACGCGGAUGUGGGAACAUCAUAAUCUGGUUUUCACCACCCUCAGCAGCGGGGGCGGGGUGAAGGUGUUUGAUCUCGCCACGAACCCCCUACCGCCGACGCAUGAGGCGAAGAGCGGGAUGGUCGACGGCGACAACCUUUGGAACGGCCGCGUCUCCGGCAGUGGCAUCCGAUCCGUCUCGAUGAGCCCCUUUCCGGGGUCACACCUCGUCGCCGGUGUGAAUCGCAACGGACGGCUCUUCGUCUUUUCGACGCGGUCGGGUGCGCGGCUGGAUCGCGUGGUGGAUCCUCAGCCGCCUGACGCGCCGGUGCAUGCCGCGGUCGUCGCGGGGUCGAAACUCGUCGCCUACGUCAGCUACGCGAGCCCGUGUGUGAACUUCCUCAGCCUUCCUGAGGACGCCGCCCCGGAGGCGCCGGCGACCCUCACGUCGCGCCCGAUUCCGAGAGAACUUCUGUGGGAGCCGGCGGUGGACGCGUAUCUGUACGCCUCCCACAAGGAGCCGUCGUAUGUGGGGCUGACCUACACCUACCACGGUCGAAAUCGGAUGAUUGUAUAUAAAACGGACACCCCUGGUCUGUGUUUUCAGCUGGCUGUCGGGGGAGCAAUCAUGUUUGUUUCUUUUCUGGAACAAUUCGCUUACACAGUGGAAAAGGGGCGAUGGAUACGGCUAUGGAACCUCUCGAAAGGGCUUGAACGGACGUCAUAUCAACAUCCUCAUCCUAUAGUGGUGGCGGCAGAGUGCAGAGGGAUCAAGAAUGCGAUACUGUGUCUCGAUGAUACUGAAACGAUGUAUUGUGUAGGUGUUCGUAACAUUACAUCCUCUACGCAAGCCAGUUUUAUCCUCACCAAGAUUGAACUCCCGAAUCUCCGCCGCAGCUGCUCGUCUCAUCUUGUGCAUUUCAUGGCAUGUAUAAAACAAAGCAUCGUCCUACUGAGUGCUGGAAGUGAUGAAAAAGCGAUGCGACUUAGUAUCACAGCAGCGAAUCGUGAUGAUGUGUUGCAUGAGACGCCGAUCGAUGGGAUUAGCUGUAUUAGCAUCGGGGUAAGAAACGACGACGAAGUGCUUGUUAUCGGCUUCGAAGACGGGCGCAUACUUUUCUAUCGUGUUGUGGAGCCCACAGUCUAA